AGGAGAGAGUCCCGAAGAAAGGAGUGAAUGAGUGCUUGGAAAGCUGGGCUGCCCCGGGAAACGAAGCAGUGUUUCAAAACUUCUCCGCUUUUCGACUUCGGCUUGCUGUUCAGGCGGUAUCAUGACUAAAGGAAGCUGAUUUGGUGCGUUGUUGCCAUUUGGGAUGUCUGAAGCCAAACAUUACCUCAAAGAGGAAGAAGGCAAAGAAGAGGUGAGAGAAGGGACAACAUCUGCUCUGAGAGGAUAAGAUCAGCAGCCCAUCUGGAUCUGCGCAGGGAACCUAACAGACCUUUCUCUUUCUAAGGAAGGGAACUGAAACUCUCCAAUAGCUUAAAGGGCUUCAAGAAUUUUUAUUAAGUUUUUCAUCAUUGUUUUUUACCUUCUCUGAGCUAAAGCCAUGUGCCAUGUUAUUGUAACAUGCCGUUCCAUGCUGUGGACCCUACUCAGCAUUGUAGUGGCCUUUGCUGAGCUCAUUGCAUUCAUGAGCCCGGAUUGGUUGCUGGGAUCGCCUCGGAAUGACACCAGCGGGACCAGGGCAGGAGUGGACUCAGAGUACCGGCCAUCUCUCGGCCUUUACAACCGCUGCCUUCGUAUUGGGACCUCGCAGGUGAACUGUGGGCCCUAUGCCACGACAUUUGGAGAAGUGGCCAGCGGCUUCUGGCAGGCUGCCAUGUUGUUUCUGGCAGCGGGGACAUUAGUGCUUGGGUGUGUGGCCUUUAUCUCCAUCUUCAGCCUGUGUUUUCAGAGCAUCCUGAAGAAGAGCAUAUUCAACAUCUGUGGACUGCUUCAGGCUGUUGCAGGCCUGUUACUGAUGGUCGGCCUCAUGCUGUACCCUGCUGGUUGGGGUUCAGAGAAGGUGAAGUUCUACUGUGGCUCCGAUGCGUUGCCGUUUCGACCAUUUAAUUGUUCACUUGGCUGGGCGUUCUACACAGCGAUAGGAGGAACGCUAGCAACCUUCCUGUGUGCCGUUCUGUCUGCACAGGCCGAGAUCGCUACUUCCAGCGAUAAAGUUCAGGAGGAGAUUGAGGAUGGGAAAAGUCUGAUCUGCCUGCUCUGAGCCUUUAGAAAACCCGGGAAGCUGCAGAAGAUCACCCACGGUGUAAUUUCUCUGAUGUGGACUACAACUUCGUGGAGGGAGGACAGAUGUUUCUCAGUGGGGAUUUUCUUCCCCCCUCGUGAUAGUCUGGAUAAAAUCAGCUGAUUGUUGUAAACGGCCUUAAUAACACCCCCCCCCCCCCCCCCCCCCCCCCCCCCGACUUUAAAAAAAAAACAAUUACUCUCUCGUGAUGGAGACUACCUGAUGAGCAGUUGAAAAGGGAAUGAAAUGCUUCCCCCAUUUUAGAACUUCAGUUUAAAAAUCUCUGGUAAAGCUGGAGAAGGAGGAAAACUUAUAUACUUAUACUUUUUUUUUUUUGCUGGAAUAGCAGGAGGUUAGUGAAAUAAAUUGGAUUGGCAGUGGAUAGGUUUUUAGAUUUAACAUGUUAAACACGGCCAGAAAGGCAGUUUAUUUGUUUUAACCAUCAUUAUGUUCAUUCAUAGGGUUCGAUUACUAACCACUACCAGAUUCAACAACUCAAAUACCCAGCAACAUUCUUGUACAAAUAUUUUAUUAAUAAUAAUGCUUGAGUAAAGAAAAUCUGUACUUUUGCCACUUCUGGUGAUAGACAUUAACUUGAGGUUUCUUAAAUGCCUAUGUGCUCUGAUUCUGUGGUAGCAGGACAUUGAGACUCUUUUUAAACGCUUUAAGUUGAAAAUCACCACAGAAGGGAUUUUUAGUUUCAAAGGGAGCUCCUCCUGUUUAACUGAUUGUGUAGCUUAAUAACAGUUUGUGUGUGCGUAUGCAGAAACAAACAAAAGAAAACAGAGCUCUGCCAGAUGUUUCAUUGUGUGUGGCUUCGUGAUGGGCUAAAGCAGCAAGAUGAAGCAGGUGGUUUAUCAUGAAAUACCGUAUGACAUGCAGAAAGCCAUAAACACAAGUCUGGCUUUGUGAAGGUGCCCAAAAGGAAAAGAUAAGGAUUGAAAAAACCUCCCACUGGGUCAUUACACUUCAUACCCACUCGUGAGUGAUUUGGACACUUUUGCAAAGCUGAUUAAAGUGAACCUCCAUUGCAGUUUGAUGGUUUUCCAAUUGGAGCUUAUUUUAUUUUGCACUCUGCCUUUAAAUCAUUUCACAUUGCUGCAUAUUGUAUUAAUUUCUAAUUCAUCCAUUUAAAUGUUUCUGUAUAUGUUAGGAUUCAUGUGAUGCAGUGCUUUUAUUCAUUGUAGAUGUGCAAUAAUUCCAUUAGUGUUGUUUUCUGAGAGCAAGUAGGCAGAAUGAAAGUGAACUUGUGAUAUGGAUUUACAUCCAAACACAUAGUAUGACUGUGAUUAAAUAUAUACUGUCUGCUAUUUUUGUUACAUUAACAAAAGAGUAUAAGUGGAACACUGUAUGAGGCUUCGUGUAUGAGAGGGUGAUAUAUCUGAGGACAGAGAACCCGUGCUUAAAUAAAGCAGGACUUCUUUACUCUGUGUUAGAAAUGUGUAAACUCUGU